AGUUCAUGUAAUCCUCAAUCUAAAUUCAAAUUACCUCAAAAGUUAACACUCAUCUCUCACUAACAUCACUUAGAAAUGGAGGUUGGAUUGAACAACACCCACAAGUUCUUAUCCAAGAUCGCAACCAACGAUGGUCAUGGCGAAAACUCGCCCUAUUUUGAUGGCUGGAAGGCCUAUGACACUAACCCUUACCAUCCUCUUACCAACCCGUCCGGGGUUAUUCAAAUGGGUCUUGCCGAAAACCAGCUUUGUUUCGAUUUGAUUCACGAGUGGCUCAUGAACCACCCUGAGGCCUCCAUAUGCACACCACAAGGAGGUUUUGAUUUCAAGGAAAUUGCUCUAUUUCAGGAUUAUCAUGGGUUGCCGGAAUUCAGAGCUGCGAUUGCGAAUUUCAUGAGUCGGGUUAGAGGAGGCCGUGUUAAAUUCGAUCCUGAUCGGAUUGUGAUGAGCGGUGGAGCCACUGGAGCUCAUGAGACAGUGGCGUUUUGCUUGGCUAACCGUGGUGAAGCCUUCUUGGUGCCCACCCCUUAUUAUCCAGGGUUCGAUCGUGAUUUGAAAUGGCGAACAGGAGUCGAGCUUAUACCUGUUGUUUGUAAAAGCUCGAACAACUUCAAGGUCACUCUUGAGGCGCUCGAAGAUGCUUACGACAAAGCAAAAGAAUCCAACAUCAAAGUUAAAGGUUUACUUAUAACGAACCCAUCAAACCCUUUGGGUACGUUCUUUGACAAGGAAACGUUAAAAACUCUUGUUGGUUUCAUCAAUGAGAAAAACAUACAUCUCGUUUGUGAUGAAAUCUAUGCUGGCACCGUGACCAACGGUAACGAAUUCGUAAGCAUAGCUGAAAUCCUUGAAGAAGUUCCUACAAUAUGUGAUCAUAAUCUUAUCCAUAUUGUUUAUAGUCUCUCAAAAGAUAUGGGCUUCCCUGGGUUUAGGGUUGGAAUAAUCUAUUCCUACAAUGAUACGGUUGUGAGUAUCUCUCGCAAAAUGUCUAGUUUCGGGCUUGUUUCAACACAAACCCAACACAUGAUCGCAUCGAUGCUGUCCCAAAAUGAUUUUGUUGAUAACUUCAUUCAUGAGAGCAGGACCAGGCUAGCUCACCGACACGACAUGCUUACUAGAGAGCUAGCCGAAGUAGGAAUAGGCAGCUUGGAGAGCAAUGCGGGGCUUUUUUUCUGGAUGGAUUUACGUCGCUUCUUAAAAGAGCCCACAUUCGAAGCUGAAAUGACAUUUUGGCGAAUUAUAAUAAAGGAAAUCAAACUAAAUGUCUCGCCAGGAUCGUCUUUCCAUUGCAACGAACCUGGUUGGUUUCGUGUAUGUUUUGCUAACAUGGAUGAUGCGACCGUUAUGGUUGCGAUAGGAAGAAUCAAGUCAUUUGUGCACGAAACUAGAAUGCUCGAGAUCAAGACCAAAGCCUUGGCUAAGACCAAGAAACAAUGCUGGCAAAACAACCUUACACUCAAGCUUUCUUCUCGAAGGCUCGAAGAAAUCAUGUCGCCUCACUCACCGCUCAACUCGCCCAUGCUCCGUGCACAAAACUAGACGAAUUGAAAGCAUUAUUCUUUAUGAAUGGUAUACAACAACGUUUUGCUAGCUUUUUCGUAAGAAGAGGCUGGGUAUUACAAGUGCAACUACGUAGUGUGUGAUGCUAUUGUAUUUUUUUUUUUUUCUUAUGUAACUAACAAAUAAAAAGUUUGAUGCAUACUAUUGUAAGACUCGAAAUGAAUAAUUUUUAUAAUUUUGUGCAUUACGUAAGACUCGAAAUGAAUAAUUUUUAUGA